ACAAGUUCGUGUGUCCAAUGGAAAACGUAGGCUUACAUUAAUUUCUAUACACAACAUAUAUAAAUACCUGAAAUUUGUUCAAUAUAUCUACAAGAAUUAUAAUACAAAUUAGUAUUCUUUGGAUGUUCAAACAGCUAGGACGCAAUUUAUUACAAUAAUAAAAACCGAAUCCGAUAAAAUUAUCAAAAACAAAUCAGUCGGACUUAUCAACAAUAUUGGUGUAUCGGUUAAUAUUAACAUUAUUAAAAGAGGUGUAAGCCGAAAUUUUAUCUAAAUUUGUAAGAUGGGUCGCGCGUUAAUAGAACUUUUAACCUAUGAGAAUCCGGUGCUAAGAAAUUUCUGUUUCUGGUCGGCUAUUAUGCUAAUGAAAAUGAUUUUAAUGUCGAUAAUGACUGGUUUUCAACGAUACAGGACCAAGACAUUUGCAAAUCCGGAGGACGCUGGCAAAGAUAAUGAGUGUUCCGUCAAUGACAAAGUAGAGCGUGUGAGAAGGGCACAUCUCAAUGACAUGGAAAACAUUUUACCGCUGGUACUGAUCUCUUUCAUUUAUGUGCUCAGCGAUCCAAUUCCAGCAGUUGCCGUCAACAUAUUUCGAGUAGUUACAGCAGCUCGAAUUUGGCACACUUUUGUCUAUGCUAUUAUCGUAAUUCCGCAACCGGCACGAGCUAUUGGUUUCUUUAUACCGUACAUCGCAAUGUUUUACAUGGCUAUACAAUCGGCAAUCGUUUUUGUCAAUUAAAUUCGCAAUACUAAUUGAAGAGAUACGAAAAAUUAUGUUGUACACGCACUCUUACUGUUACUAAAUCUGAUAUUAUUGAUGUCAACUGUGAUCGAUGUUAUGAAUACAAUUCUCUAUUUUGCAUAAAAA